AUGCUUGCCGUGGCUGUUAGCUACUACGCCAGUGACACGAGACCCACGGUUGGUGCGUCCCGAAUCACCUUCGCAGAUGGCAGUAGAGAUCAUUUGUGCUCCUACUACCACACCAACACCUCUUGUGAGCAACUGACGACCGGAGGCUUUCGCUACCUGUACUUCCCAAAGGUUGAAGAUUGUUGCAAAUGCUGCACCUAUACCACAGGAUCCUACGAGUGCGGAGGACCUGUUGGGCCGCGCUGGGUGAGCAACGCUACGGGCAACCUCGUUUACUUGGGCCAGGAGCAAAUCUUGUCGCGCGCGUGCCACAAGUGGGGCAUCUCCGGCGUCUUUCCUGGAAAGUUGAAUUACUACUUCCAGGAGGUGGAGACUGGCUUGCCCUGUGGGAUCGACGGCUACAACUACUUGAGGUCGCCCGCGGAGCCUGCGGAUGACCAAUACCUUUUCCAGCCCGGCUCGGUCAACUUGGCUGUGCCCGGCUCCACUUUCGACGUGCCACCGCUGUGCAUGUCCUCGCGGUACUGUGGUGGCAAAGUCUGCGCAUCUGGGCCAGACUUCCACCAGCAGUUUGAAAUGCUUGUUUGA